AUGAGGGGGACCCGCUGGAGGAGGGUCCCCUGGGUAUUCCUGAUCUGCUUAUGUUCCUGCCUCCUUUGGCCAGUGGUUCUGGGAACAAUCACAGUCUCACAGAAGACAGAUAUCAAGAGAAGCACAGCAACACCCUCAACAACAUCCCAGAUCCUUACAACCUCCAAUCCCAGCACAUCCACAGGCACCAGCUCAACAACAGCUGUCCCAAUCCCUACUAAGCCUGAGAAAGGAGUUUCUCUCUUCCCCUAUGGGUCAAGUGUUGGAGACCAGGAGUUUGUCAGGAGGAGUGUGGACUUCACCUCGCCGCUCUUCGAGCCCCGGAUUGGCUUCCCUUUCGGCUCCUCUCUCCGAAAUUUUCUCUACUUCACAGAUAAUGGCCAGAUUAUCUUCCCGGAGUCAAGGUACCAGAUUUUCUCCUACCCCAACCCUCUUCUUAAAGGCUUCACAGGCGGGGACCAUGUGGCCUUGGUGGCUCCAUUCUGGGACGAUGCUGAUUUCUCCAGCCGCUGGGGAACCACAUUUUACCAGGAAUAUGAGACACUAUAUGAUGAUGACUACAGGCCACGUGUAGUCCAGCAGGUGGAGUCUUGGAUUAAAAGGUUCACAAACACCUGGAAUUACAAAGCCAGGUGGACCUUAAAGGUCACAUGGGUCAAUGCCCCCGCAUAUCCUGCCCAGUGGACCUUCGGGACUAACACCUACCAGGCCAUCCUCACCACCGAUGGGAGCAGAUCCUUCACCUUGUUUCUCUACCAAAGCGGUGGAAUGCAGUGGGACAUGACCCAGCUCCCAGGCAGCAGGGUCCUCAUGGGCUUCUCCAGUGGAGAUGGGUAUUAUGAAAACAGCCCACUGACAUUCCAGCCAGUGUGGGAGAGGUAUCGUCCAGAUCAAUUCCUGGAUUCCAACUCAGGCCUCAGGGGCCUGCAGGUCUAUAGGCUGCACAGGGAAGAAAGACCCAACUACCGUCUCAGGUGCCUGCAGUGGUUGAAGAGACAGCCUCAGUGGCCUGGCUGGGACUGGAACCAGAUCUCCUGCCCUUGCUCCUGGCAGCAGGGACUAUGGGACUUACGAUUCUUGCCCGUCCACACAGGCUGGUGGGGCCUCAGAAGCAGGCAGCUGUGCAGCUUCUCCUCCUGGCGUGGAGGAGCGUGCUGCAGCUAUGGGCCAUGGGGAGAGUUUCUCGAAGGCUGGAGAGUGCAGAGUCCUUGGCAGUUUGACCAAGAACUAGAGCCUCAACAGUGGUGCUGUCACUGGAAUGACCAGCCCUCCUUAUGUGCCAUGUACCAGCAAAGGUGGCCCCGCAUCAGCUGUGCUGGGUACCAGCCCCCCAGGCCUGCCUGGAUGUUUGGGGACCCACACAUCACCACCUUGGAUCAUGCCAAUUACACCUUCAAUGGGCUGGGGGACUUCCUGCUGGUCCAGGCCCAGGAUGGAAACUCCUCCUUCCUGCUUCAGGGCCGCACUGCCCAGACUGGCUCGGCCCAGGCCUCCAACUUCAUUGCCUUUGCCGCUCAGUACAACUCCAGCAGCCUGGACUCCAUCACAGUUCAAUGGUUUCUUGAGCCCGAUGACACAAUUCAAGUGCGGCUCAAUAACCAGACUGUGACAUUUGAUUCUAACCGUGAAGAUGCAGAAGGCCAGGAGAUAUUCAACACCACUGGAGUCGUAUUGAGCCGCAAUGGCUCGAUGGUAUCAGCCAGCUUAGAUGGGACAGUGACCAUCUCAGUGAUUGCUCUCUCCAACAUCCUCCAUGCCUCCUGCAGCCUCCCUGAGGAGUACCGAAACCGCACCGAGGGCCUCCUGGGGGUGUGGAAUGACAAUCCAGAUGAUGACUUCAAGAUGCCCAAUGACACCAUCAUUCCCAAAGAGAGCAACGAAGAGACACUUUUCCACUACGGAAUGACCUGGAAAAUCGACGGAACAAGCCUCCUUGGCAAGAGGGACAACAAUCUGCCUUCCAACUUCACUCCUGUCUUCAUUUCCCAACUUUUGAAAAACAACUCUUCGAGUGAGAAUUUGACCUCUGAGUGUCAUGGAAAUAAACAAUGCAUUUAUGACAUCCUGGUCACGGGAAACACAAGCACUGGACUGCACACUAAAAUGCUCUUUUCAAGCUACCAACAGAUGAACGCUACCCUCAACCAGUACCCGCCCUCUAUCAAUGGCCGUCGUUUGGUGGAAGCCUACAUGGGGCAGACCACACUGAUUCAGUACAACAGCAGCUCUACGAAUGUCACAUUCACGCUCAGAAACAACUACGCUGACUUCAAGCUUUUUGAGAAUGGGACAUUGCUAUGGACACCAAAGUCUCUGGAACCAUUCACUCUGGAGAUCUUAGCAAGAAAUAUCAAGGACAACUUAUCUUCUGUACUCCAGCCAAAGACCGUGGUCUGUGCUUGCAAGAGAGAGAAACAGUGUUUAUACAACCAGACCAGCGGGAUGAGCAAUUCCUCCAUGGAGGUGGCUGGCUGUGCGUGUGAUGGGAACACCUUUGGCCAAUACUGUGAACACACCAAGGACCCCUGUGCAGAGCAGUGCUUCCCGAAUGUGAAGUGCAUUCCUGGGAAGGGCUGCGAGGCAUGCCCCCUGCACCUGACUGGAGAUGGGCGUCACUGUGCACCUCUGGAAGACUCUAAACUCUGUCAGAACACGUCCUGCCCUGUGAAUUACUGCUACAAUGACGGCCAUUGCUACAUCUCCCAGACUCUAAACUGCCAGCCUGCCUGCAUCUGCCCCCAAGCCUUCACAGACACCCAAUGCUUCCUGGCUGGCAAUAAUUUUACUCCAGCCAUUGAACCAGGUCUUCCCUUAAGAAUCAUCCAGCUCUCACUCAGUGAAGGAAAAAAUGCCUCCAAAUCAGAGGUCAACUCCUCGGUGGCUUACAUACUGGGGAACCUGGACGUGCGGGCCUUUCUCUGGAACAGCAGAGUGGAAAAAAUUGAUCCCCCAGCUGCACUGGCCUCAGGAAGCAUCCUUCAAUACUGGAGGGUCAUCUCGGAAUUCCAGUACCGCCCCCAGGGGCCUGUCAUCGAUUUCCUGAACAACCAGCUGCUGGACGCAGUGGUGGAGGCAUUCCUACUGCAAGCCCUACGAAGGAGGUGGAAGAGAAGUGAGGGCCCCAGUAAUGACGACGUGGUCUUCCACCCCAUCUCCAGGAAAGAUAUAAGCAGUCUGAAUGCUCUGAACGUGAGCACACUGGAGGCUUACUUCAAAUGCAAAGGCUACAAGAAAUAUCGCCUGGUCUACAGCCCAUACAGUGGCUUCACUUGCAUGUCCCCAUGCAGUGAGGACUACUGUGAGCAUGGAGGCCAGUGCCAGCAUCUGCCAGACGGGCCCCACUGCAGCUGUGUGCCCUUCUCCAUCUACACGCCCUGGGGAGAUCGCUGCGAGCAUCUGAGCAUGAAACUCAGCGCUGUCUUGGGGAUCCUCUUUGGGACCCUGGGUGCCCUCUUGCUGCUGGGGACUGCGGUGUUUGUGGUCCUGCGCUUCUGGAGCUACAGGACCCAGUGCUCCUACCCCCUGGACUCAGAAAGCUGA